GCCUGGACCCACCACACGAGCCCCUGUUCACCGGGCCUGACCGCAACCCCUACCUGCUAUCGCCCACGGAGGCCUUUGCCCGCGAGGCCCGCUUCCCCGGGCAGAAUGCCCUGCCAGGGGAUGGCCUCUUCCCGCUCAACAACCAGCUGCCGCCGCCGAGCAGCACCUUCCCCCGAAUCCACUACAACUCCCACUUCGAGGUGCCAGAGGAGAGCCCCUUCCCCAGCCACGCCCAGGCCACCAAGAUCAAUCGGCUGCCUGCCAACCUACUGGACCAGUUUGAGAAGCAGCUGCCCAUCCAUCGCGAUGGUUUUAGCACGCUCCAGUUCCCUCGCGGGGAGGCCAAGGCCCGGGGCGAGAGUCCUGGCCGCAUUCGCCACCUGGUCCAUUCCGUCCAACGGCUCUUCUUCACCAAGGCGCCCUCUCUGGAGGGCACGGCAGGCAAGGUCGGUGGCAAUGGCGGCAAGAAAGGUGGCCUGGAGGACGGCAAGGGCCGGAGGGCCAAGAGCAAGGAGCGGGCCAAGGCCGGGGAACCCAAGCGGCGCAGCCGCUCCAACAUCUCGGGCUGGUGGAGCUCCGAUGACAACUUGGAUGGUGAAGGUGGCGCUUUCCGCAGCAGCGGCCCGGCCUCGGGACUGAUGACGCUCGGCCGCCAGGCGGAACGCAGCCAGCCCCGCUAUUUCAUGCACGCCUACAACACCAUCAGCGGGCAUAUGCUCAAAGCCGCCAAGAACAACACCACUGAGCUGACCGCCCCGCCACCCCCGCCCGCACCCCCGGCCACCUGCCCCAGCCUUGGGGUAGGCACCGACACCAACUAUGUCAAGCGGGGCUCCUGGUCCACUCUGACCCUCAGCCACGCCCACGAGGUCUGCCAGAAGACCUCGGCCACCUUGGAUAAGAGCCUGCUAAAGUCCAAAUCGUGCCACCAGGGUCUCGCCUACCAUUACCUGCAGGUGCCCGGCGGCGGCGGCGAGUGGACCACCUCGCUGUUGUCCCCGCGCGAGGCGGACGCCACGGCCGAGGGCCCCAUCCCGUGCCGGCGAAUGCGCAGCGGCAGCUACAUCAAAGCCAUGGGCGACGAGGACAGUGACGAGUCCGGCGGCAGCCCCAAGCCCUCCCCCAAGACGGCGGCGCGGCGCCAGAGCUACCUGAGGGCCACUCAGCAGUCUCUGGGAGAGCAGAGCAAUCCCCGCAGGAGUCUAGACCGCCUGGAUUCCGUGGACAUGUUGCUGCCCUCCAAGUGUCCGAGCUGGGAGGAGGACUACAACCCCGUCAGCGACAGCCUCAAUGACUCCAGCUGCAUCAGCCAGAUUUUUGGACAGGCCUCCCUGAUCCCCCAGUUGUUUGGCCACGAACAGCAGGUCCGGGAGGCAGAUCUGAGCGACCAGUACGAGGCGGCCUGCGAGUCGGCCUGCAGUGAAGCGGAGUCGACUGCGGCUGAGGCUCUAGACUUGCCGCUGCCCAGCUACUUCCGCUCCCGCAGCCACAGCUACUUGCGCGCCAUCCAGGCGGGCUGCUCGCAGGAGGAGGACAGUGUUUCCCUGCAGUCCCUUUCCCCACCGCCCAGCACCGGCAGCCUCAGCAACAGUCGUACGCUUCCGACUGGAACCGGUUUGGUGGGGGCGGCUGGAGGGGCGGAGUCCCGGGUGCUCAGGCACGCGCGGGCUGACGUGGGCGCGCGCUCCCUCGCCGGGUCGGGCAGCCUGGGCGUGGGCUGGACUGAGCGCCUCGCGCGCGUGCGCACCCGCCCCGCCGGGCGCGCGCGACGGGCCACGUGCCGAGAGGGCCGCGCGCGCCCCCGCCCGCCCCGGGAGUCCCGAGAGACGCGCGCGCGCCUCUGA